AUGGGAGCCUUGGGACAGCCAAGGCCAUCUUGGCUCAUUACCAUGUUUUAUUGUUUGGCAUUGUGUUUCUUAGCUAGUACUAGAGUUCUUGCCACUAUUCCUUUCACUUACUCUUCACCACCACUAAAGCAUGUUGUGUUCCCUCCACUGCAUGUGAUACUUCCUCCGUAUCACUACAAGUCUCCCCCACCACCCCCUCGCUCACCCCCUCUAUCACCUUCACCGCCACCUGCAUACGUCUACAAGUCUCCACCACCCCCAUCACCUUCACCGCCACCUGCAUACGUCUACAAGUCUCCACCACCCCCACCUCCAUAUGUUUACAAGUCUCCACCACCACCAUCACCUUCCAGCCCUCUUCCCAAUGUUUACAAAUCACCACCACCCCCAUCAUCUUCCCCACCGCCUCCAUAUGUUUACAAGUCUCCACCACCACCAUCACCUUCCAGCCCUCUUCCCAAUGUUUACAAAUCACCACCACCCCCAUCACCUUCCCCACCGCCUCCAUAUGUUUACAAGUUUCCACCACCACCAUCACAUUCACCACCACCACCAUACGUUUAUAAGUCACCACCACCACCAUCUCCAUCACCACCUCCUCCUUACAUUUACAAGUCUCCACCACCUCCAUCGCCAUCCCCACCUCCUCCAUACGUUUACAAGUCUCCACCCCCACCUUCACCUUCACCACCCCCACCAUCACCUUCACCACCUCCACCAUACGUCAACAAGUCCCCGCCUCCCCCUUCUCCGUCACCGCCACCUCCAAAUGUUUACAAAUCUCCACCACCACCAUCUUCAUCACCGCCUCCACCAUAUGUUUACAAGUCCCCACCUCCUCCAUCUCCAUCACCACCACCUCCUCCUUCCCCGUCACCUCCUCCUCCCUACAUUUAUAAGUCACCUCCACCACCCUCACCCUCACCUCCUCCUCCAUACGUAUACAAGUCACCACCUCCACCUUCCCCAUCACCACCACCUCCAUACGUGUACAAGUCUCCCCCUCCACCAUCUCCUUCACCUCCUCCUCCUUAUAACUACAAGUCUCCUCCUCCCCCAACCCGCUCUCCCCCUAAACCCCGCACUCCCCCCAAAACCCACUCUCCUCCCCCAUACGUCUACAAGUCACCACCUCCUUCUUCCUCGUCACCUCCUCCUCCCUACAUUUAUAAGUCACCUCCACCACCCUCACCCUCAACUCCUCCUCCAUACGUAUACAAGUCACCACCUCCACCUUCCCCAUCACCACCACCUCCAUAUGUGUACAAGUCUCCCCCUCCACCAUCUCCUUCACCUCCUUCUCCUUACAACUACAAGUCUCCUCCUCCCCCAACCCACUACAAGUCCCCUCCACCUCCAACCCGCUCUCCUCCCCCAACUCGCUCUCCCCCUAAACCCCACUCUCCUCCCCCAACCCCCUCUCCCCCGAAACCCCGCUCUCCUCCCCCAACCCGCUCUCCCUCUAAAACCCGCUCUCCCCGCUCUCCUCCCCCCAAAACCCGCUCUCCUCCCUCAUACCACUACAAGUCCCCUCCACCUCUACAUCGCUACUAA